ACACACCCUGGUUCCUUAGCAACAGGGUGUAAUUGUUUCUCCAGACCAGGCUAGUAGAGGAAGGAAAGUGAAUGUGGAUCCAGCCGCUCUCCCGUUCUUUCUCUAAUAAUUGUUCUAUGUUCUGAAAGAACGGGUUUUGGAAUCUGCAGCCCGUGGUUCAGGAGGAUCGUGGUGCAUGCAGACUGAGGGAUGGGUCUGUUUGACAAGCUAGCAGGGUGGUUGGGAUUGAAGAAGAAAGAGGUGAACGUCUUGUGUCUUGGCCUGGACAACAGUGGCAAGACCACCAUCAUCAACAAGCUCAAGCCCUCCAAUGCCCAGACACAGGACGUUGUGCCCACCAUUGGCUUCAACAUAGAGAAGUUCAAGACCUCGAGUCUGUCCUUCACGGUGUUCGACAUGUCGGGUCAGGGUCGCUACAGGAACCUCUGGGAGCAUUACUACAAGGAGGGCCAGGCCAUCAUAUUUGUGAUUGACAGCGCUGACAAGCUAAGGAUGGUGGUGGCAAAGGAGGAGCUGGACACCCUGCUCAACCACCCGGACGUUAAACAUCGCCGUGUCCCCAUCCUGUUCUUCGCUAACAAGAUGGACGUCCGUGAGGCUCUGUCUUCAGUCAAAGUCUCCCAGCUGCUCUGCCUGGAGAAUAUCAAAGACAAACCUUGGCACAUCUGUGCCAGCGAUGCCCUCAGAGGAGAGGGUCUACCGGAGGGGGUGGACUGGCUGCAAGAUCAGAUCCGGACCCUGCGGACGUGAGGGCCUGACGUCGCCCUGGAGAGAGGCAACCAGCAGCUUUGUCUCCAUGACAACGAUGAAGGAGCGUGGUACAACCCCCCACCCCCCCCCCCACCCCAACGAAGAGAUCCAAACCCCAAACAACAGAUAAAGGCUGGACCAGCAAACUCAACAUUAUCAUGUUGUUCUCCUCUCUAAACAACGUCCUGACACCAAGAUCCACUGCUGAGUAUAAUACAAUUCAGUGGUGAGGUGAACCAGGGGAUAUUGCAACCAUGCAGCCAUGUCUACAUGUGUUUGAAUGUUUAGUGUGACACUGGGCCGAUUUACUGUGGGACAUGUAUACCACACACUGUGGGGUGGCUGCUGUCAUAUCAUAGCAUCAUUAUGGAACACUCCUAUUGGGCCCAACUCUGCUUGACGUCACUUCCUUGGAAAGUCCCUCUUCCCAGUUAAGAUCACAAUGACUUUUACUUAUUAUUUAACUUUACAACAUAAAGUGAUUAAAUGAAAAAUAGCACGGCAGCAGCAGAUAAAAUGAACCAAUGGGAAGUUGCAACAAUUGUUACCUCCUCUGGCUUCGUCCCCUGCUCGAGGGGUGUGUGUGUGUGUGUGUGUGUGUGUUUGUGUGUUGACAUUCCCACCUCAUUAUCCAGGUCUUCUCUAGUCCCUCCCCCCUGUAACGACCCUCGCCUCAUCUACUGGACGCUGCAGAGUAUUCGUCUCUCAGGGGUCACCCAGGGGUCAACCUGUAACCCGCUGGUUCCCUAGGGAACGGGUGCCCUGAUUUCAAGAAGGCAAACCUGUUUCUCCCUAUAUUUCUAUCCAUCUAUCUUUCUUUCUACCUUUAUGUCUCCAUCUCGUUCCUUCUCUUUUCUCUUCCACCUCUUUGUCUGCAUCUUUCUUUCUCUAGUAUUUAUCUCUACUGCUUCUUCCUCCACUCUCUCCCCCUCUCUCUUCCUUAUAUGAACACAAGUGAAAUGUAGAUAUAUAAAUAUUAAAUGCAAACCUUGCCAGACAAUGAACGUCAA